GGACCGGCACCGGGACCGGCACCGGCACCGGGAACCAGCCCCGGGAGCGAGCGCGGCGGGCAGCGCGUGAGGGGGCGCGUCCUCGCGGCCUGGAACUGCGUCAAAUACGGCUGGACGCUGCGGCCGCGGCCCCACUUCCACCCGCGGGACCCCCUGUACCUGCUGGGGAGGGUCUACACACCGGGGAACGGGGAGGACCUGGCGCGGUUCCGGCGGGAUUUCUGCUCCCGUUUGUGGCUCACCUACCGCAGCGGAUUCCCGGCGCUUCCCGGUUCCCCCCGCACCACCGACUGCGGCUGGGGCUGCACCCUGCGCAGCGCCCAGAUGCUGCUGGGCCAGGGGCUGCUGCUGCACCUGCUGGGCCGGGACUGGGUGUGGCCGGAGGCGCUGCUGGAACCGAAAGCCGGGAGGUCCCGAGGGAGCCGCGAGCCCCCGGGAUGGACACGGGACCUCCGGGAUGGUCCGAGGGACCCCCGGGAUGGGCCGAGGGACCCCCGGGAUGGACCGAGGGACCCCCGGGAUGGGCCGAGGGACCCCCGGGAUGGACAGAGGGACCCCCUGGGAUGUAGCCGGGACCCCCCAGGAUGGACGCGACCCCCCCAGAAUGGAGAGGGACCCCCCAGGAUGGACACGGAGUCCCCCGGGGGGGAACGGGGUCCACCGGGGAAGCUCCGGGACCCCUCGGGACGGGCACGGGAUCCCCCGGGGGAGCUCCGGGACCCCUCGGGGAAGCUUCGGGACCCGUCGGGAGGGGCAGGGGACCCCUCGGGACAGCUCCGGGACCCUCCGGGACACCUCCGGGACCCCCUGGGAGAGCUCCGGGACCCCUCGGGAUGGGCACGGAACCCCCCGGGGAAGCUCCGGGACUCCCCGGGGAAGCUCCGGGACUCCCUGGGGAAGCUCCGGGACCCCCGAGAACAGCCCCGGGACCCCUCGGGACGGGAACGGGACCCCCCGGGGAAGCUCCGGGACCCCCCAGAACAGCCCCGGGACCCCUCGGGACGGGAACGGGACCCCUUGGGACAGCUCCGGGAUCCCCCGGGGAAGCUCCGGGAUCCCCCGGUAAAACUCCGGGACCCCUCGGGACAGCCCCGGGACCCUCCGGGACACCUCCGGGAUCCCCCGGAGAAGCUCCGGGACCCCUCGGGACGGUCACGACCCCUCCCGGACGCCCCCCGAGCCCCCCGGGAGGCGGAGCAGCGGCACCGAGCCAUCGUGUCCUGGUUCUCCGACCACCCCCGCGCCCCCUUCGGGAUCCACCGGCUCGUGGAGCUGGGCCGGGAGUUCGGGAAAAGCGCCGGGGACUGGUUCGGUCCCGCCAUCGCCGCCCACCUCCUCCGGGGGGCUGUGGAGUCCUGCACCGAGACCCCCGGGCUCGCCGUCUACGUGGCCCAGGAUUGCACCGUUUACAAAGGGGACGUGGCCAGGCUGGUGAGGGCACCGGAACCGGAGCGGCACCGCGGGCUCGUCCUGCUGGUGCCGGCGCGGUUGGGGGGCGAGAGCCUGAACCCGGUGUACGUGGAGUGUGUCAAGGAGCUGCUGCAGCUCCGCUCCUGCCUCGGCAUCAUCGGGGGAAAGCCCCGGCACUCGCUUUAUUUCCUCGGCUUCCAAGGCGACUCCCUGCUCUACCUGGACCCCCACCUCUGCCAGCCCUGCGUGGACACAACCCGGGAGAACUUCCCUCUCCAGUCGUUCCACUGCCGCUUCCCGCGGAAAAUUCCCUUCGGGAAGAUCGACCCCAGCUGCACCUUCGGCUUCUACGCGGCCGCGGCCGAGCUGGAGCAGCUCUGGGGGGAGCUGGGCCGGGUGCUGAGCUCCCGGGCUCCGGAGCGUUAUCCCAUUUUCACCCUGGCCGAGGGUCUCGCUCAGGACCAAACCCUGGAGCCCCCUCCCCAGCCCGGACCCCCCCCCGAAGCCCCCCGCCCCAAAAAACCCAGCUCGGACGAGUUCGUCUUCCUCUGACCCCUCCCCCCAAAAAAACACUGGAUGGACCCCCCGGGGGGGGGUGGGGAGGGGUCUGC